AUGAGAUUUGGUGAUUUUUUGGAUAUAGUGCUAGCUGAUUUCAGUGAUUUCUUAAGGAAAUGUUUGUUUGCUAAUAUAAGACGUAGUGGACGUGGUUUUGAUGUAGCAGAAAGAAUGUCAAGGCGUGGUACUAGGAGACGUACUGGUACUGGAAGAGGUAGUACCGGAAAUGGUGGUACUAUUGAUGGAGAUGAACCACAAUUAGGAAAUCAUACUGUGAAUGUGAAUAUGGCGCAGCUGACCCAGUUAAUAGCCCAAGUAGUCGCUACUGCUAUGAACCAAAAUACUGGACAAGUCAACAAUCAUCAGAACCAAGGACCGCCUGCUGAAACUGAGGAAGAUAGGUAUAAAAAUGUUCAGUUUCAGUUCAAGAAGUUGAACCCGAAAGAGUUUUCUGGAAAGUCUGAUAACUCAAUGAUAGCCCAUGAAUGGAAGGAUGAGACUGCUUCACGUGGCUUGGAUCAUGCCACCAUGAAAAGGACAGACUUCAUUCUUAUGUUCGAUGACAAGUAUUUCCCUCAGAGUGUUCGAAAUGCUAAGGAGAGAGAGUUUCUUUCAUUUCAGCAAGAUAACCUAUCUGUUAUGGAGUAUGAGAUUGAAUACUCAAGAUUGUCUAUGUUUGCACCCCACCUAGUAGAUACUGAAGAGAAAAAUAGACAGCUUGAGCAAGAUUUUUUGGCUCAUAAGAGGGAUGAGGAGUACCUGAAGAAGGAGAGUAAGGUUGACCGUGCAUCAAAAGCUUCGUCGAGUCACCAUGGAAGUGGUAAGAACCAGCAGACCCAGAAUGUCACUCAACAAGGUGGUCAACUAGGGAAGAAAAGGAAGGGGCAUUGGAAUCAAGAGAAUCGUGGUCAGAAGGAUGGAGGAAACAAAAGAGCAGUACUGUCAACCGAAGGUGGGGAUGUUGGCGCUAAAACAAUUAACUUCUACGGGUUUUGUUAUAACUGUCGUGAAAGGGGACAUAAGGCAUCAGAAUGUGCCAAACAAAAAGUUCAGACAACAGAUAGGCGUGAGCAACCAAACACUGGGGUUGCAAACCGUAAUGUGCAGCCUCGUGGCCAGGGUCAACUCUUUAUUAUGCAACCUCCUGAGACAUAG